CCUCGAAUAGAGAAUACAAACAGACAAGAGGGAAAACACUGUACCAGACUUUAAUAAAGAGAUCCUGCCAACUCAUUUUUCAUUGUGGGAGGCUUGACAUCCAUUCUGCAUGGAUGUGCAGUGUAUACAUAAGCAUAAGCUUCCACUGGGGAGCAGUAAAGAACUGCUGCUUAUUAAUAACAGUUUUGGGGGAACCUGAACAAGCUUCACAGUGUUUUAUCCUUCUUAGGCAAAGAACUGUGUCAGUCUGGACAGAAUUGGCACAUUUAGUCCCUAAGGAAAAGUUGCUGGGCAAAUAUAGCAUUAAGUUAUAUGUGAAAUAAAAACAGAUGGUUUGUUAAAAGUUGAUAUAAAUAAUAAAGGGUUGUAUUUAAAUCCAAUAUGAUGGUAGAAGGCAUGUGAAGGUAGAGCUCGUUGGUUUUAACUAUACCUGAAUGUCCAACAGGACCUGAAUGCAACGCUGUAUUUGCGGCACAUGGCGGCGCUGGAGGUCCGGUUCUGAUCAAGGGCAGAAGGAGACUGAAGGGAAAUAAAAGGUCUUUCUUCAGUAGCCCAUAAAUCUGUACUCAUGGUGCCAUGUAGCGUCCAAACCCUUUAACGGCCACAAUAAACCUGCUGGAGCCCAACUGACAUAAACAAAGGCGUUCUGGCUUGAGCUGUACCAUGCUAUAGCGGACUAAUGGACAAACAAACAGUAACACGGAGUUAUUUGUUAUUGUAAUGAGACCGUGGAACACGCGGGAAAAUAACGCUAGCAAAAAGCAGAAGACAUCGUGUUAACGUUAGCGUAGCCGCGUUACUGCCGCGAAAGUAACGCGUGUAAUCACAUUACUUUACAUUUCGCGUGCGCGUGAGACAUGCGCACACAGAGGAACGCGGCGGCGGCAGCCAGCGACACACCGUGAACCCGGAGACGGGGAAGACGCACCCGCACCGGCGGCUGCGGGGAUGUGGCCGACACGGACCCUGGCUCCGUGGGGACUGGAUGCUGCCAGAAAGUGCCACGGCCAGUGAACGCACCAUUACCUCACGGGUUUACGCGGUGCCCCCCUCACACACGCAGCGCCUAAUAGCGACGGGUGAUUCUUUAUUUUCUGCGUUUGUCUGCGAGGGGACCGUCCGGGGACUAGCUAGGCUCUCCCGCCUCCCGGAGCCACGAUGCCUCCUGCUCCGAGCCUUCAGUCCAGCGGGCUGACCCUGUCUGAAACCAGCAUGGGUUCCUUCAAGAGGAGGAAGAGGAAAUCCAUAAUCGUGACCGUGAUGCUGCUCAUCGUGUCUGUGCUCAUCCUCGUCUUCGGCCUGGCGGCGACCACCAGGACGCAGAACAUCACAGUGGGCGGCUACUACUCGGGCGUCAUCCUGGGCUUUGGCUCCUUUCUGGGAAUUAUUGGUGCUCAUUUGAUUGAAAACAAGAGGCAGAUGCUCGUGGCGUCCAUCGUCUUCAUCAGCUUCGGGGUGGUGGCUGCCUUCUGCUGCGCUAUCGUCGAUGGGGUGUUUGCUGCGAGGCACAUUGACCUGCGGCCUCUCUACGCCGGGCGCUGUGAGUAUCACUCCAGCGACACGGCGUCUGACCUGCAGGUGCCGUGUCUGACGUCGUCGCGGGCGUCCUGCAACCUGCGCGUGAGGAGCAACACGUGCUACUGCUGCGAGCUCUACCACUGUGGGAAAGAACAUCCUCUAAUGGGACUUCAGAAUAAAGAUGUUUUGAAAAAGUUUAGGAAAUCAUCCAUGAUUUGGAAGUCUAGCCGCGUGGAGGUGAUCGGAGGCUACCACGAGUACACGGACGUGAGGAGCUGCCAGGACGUGGUCCACCUCUACCACCUGCUGUGGUCGGCCACCAUCCUCAACAUCGUGGCUCUCUUCCUGGGCAUCAUCACUGCCGCGGUGCUGGGAGGAUUCAAAGACAUGAUCCCUGCGUCGGCCUCGGAAAGUGCGUCUGAACCCGAGGCCAUCGUGGCUCCGGUCUCCUCAGAGCCUCCUCCACCCACCACUUCCAUCAACUCCUAUUACAGCACCACCCCCUGUCUGCCGCCGUACACCGCCUACGACCUGCAGCAGGGCUCCUACAUGUUCCCAGACUCGUCAGGCUUGUCCGAUGACUCCCAGUCUGGAUCCAGUCACCUGUGGCCCACUAUGGUCCCACCUCGCUACUCGCCUCCUCAUAACCACCCUGACGAGAAGCCCCCACCCUACAGCCCAUAGGACGCUGUGGCCUAAACACAACAUUUGACACCGUCAUUCGGGUGCCAUUAGGAUGUGUGGUUUGAAUGCACGAUGCUUUGGGCUUUUCCUCACAAUUGGCUGCGUCGAAGGAGGCGGCCGGCCACAGGGCACGCAGACUUCCAGCCCGACACGCGGGGAGCAAAUGCGUGUCUCCCCGGGCACCACUCACACCCCGGCCCGCUCGGAGUGUGUGUGCACGCGUACACGGCGUGAGACGAGCUGUUUACAGCCAGGACUGUUUACACAUCUGCCUGCCUUAAUGGACUCGGAGCACUGCAGCACUGUCACUGGGACAGAUUGUGUACAGGUCAUGCUUCACGUCACCUCUCCAUAGUGCAUAAUGUAAAUGCUUCCUGCCUUGAGCUGCACAGAUAACAGGUCACGCCUGGAUCUGGCCCAAUUAGCACAGGUGCAAGCCUCAUGAGAGAUUAAUGCAGUAAACUGAAAGCUUGUGUCUUUCUGAAUCAGCUAGAAAAUAUAAACUGUAGAGGUGCCGCUAUAGCAGUUAAUUGUGUCUGUGUACAUUAUCAGAGGCGAAGUUAGCGGUAACGACGGAAAUACAUGCUCAUAUUGUAUGUACAGCCCUAUGAUAUACAGAUAUUAGCACGGGUAGGUAUAAAACUCACCCUGGUAUCUAUUAAGCUUUCACUUUGUGUUUAAGAAUAUCGUGGUUGACGUCUGGUGAUUUUAGAGCAGUCUUACUAAAGAAUAAGCUAUUCUAAUCUAAGAUUACGGUUGUUGACGCUCCCAACACUAUUUAUUGUAUCAUUACUCAAAUCUGCAAAGCAGGUAAAACACAUGUGCUGUUCGUCACAUUCAUAAUGUCAUUCUUCAUUGAUAACAUAGGGUGAAGUCUCAGUGCUGGAUUCACUGACACCAGAGGAACUACACAGAACAGGAACCGUUAGCGCAUCCUUAAAACCAGUCUGAGCUUUAUUCACCUGUUUUUUUUUUAUAAUUUAAACAAUCAAGAGCAGAUGAACCAUCUGCUCCUUUUUUGUGUUGCCAUUAAAAAAUGUUUAUGUGUAAUUGACA